AUGGUCAACCCCACAGUCAACCCCACCUUGUUCUUCAACAUCGCUGUCAAUGGUGAGCCUUUGGGCCUCAUCUCCUUCAAGCUGUUUGCAGACAAAGUUCCAAAGACAGCAGAAAAUUUUCCUGCUCUGAGCACUGGGGAGAAAGUAUUUGGUUAUAGAAUUUCCUGCUUUCACAGAAUAAUUCCAGGAUUUAUGUGCCAGGGUGGUGACUUCACACGUCAGAAUGACACCAGUGGCAAGUCCAUCUAUGGCAAGAAAUCUGAUGAUAAGAAUUCCAUCCUGAAGCAUACAGGUCCUGACAUCUUGUCCAUGGCAAACACUGGCCCCAACACAAAUGGUUCCCAGUUUUUCACCUGCAAUGCCAAGACUGAAUGGUUGGAUGGCAAGCAUGUGGUGUUUGGCAAGAUGAAAGAGGGCAUGAAUACUGUGGAAUCUGUGGAGUGCUUUGGGUCCAGUAACAGCAAGACCAACAAGAAGAUUAUUGCUGACUGUGGACAAAUCUAA